CCCCCCCCCCCUCCCCUUCGUCCCCCGUCCCUCCACCCCCUCCCGCCCUCCGCUCAGCCCCGACGGCCUCGGCCCGACCAUGGGGGACUUCUACGACCCGGAGCACCCCACCCCGGAAGAAGAAGAAAAUGAGGGCAAGACUGAAACCGUGCAGAAAGCUGGCUUUAUCAAAGGCCCAGUGUUCAAAGGUGUUGCUUCUAGUCGCUUUUUACCCAAAGGCACCAAAACAAAGGUUAACCUUGAGGAGCAAGGAAGACAAAAGGUGUCUUUCAGCUUUAGUUUAACCAAGAAAACCUUACCGAACAGAUUUCUGACCGGUCUCGGAAACGAGAAACAAAAUGAAACUCAGAACUCCCCAGCAGUACCCCUUCAGACUGACUUUAACCCCAAAAUUAAAAUGGACCUUGGGGAUGCUGCUGGUUCAGCUGAGGAGUCUUCACCUCCAAAACCGAAGGUAGAACUGGGGAAGAUCCAUUUUAAGAAACAUUUACUUAGUGUCACUACCAAACCACCGCCACCAGCUGCAGCAGCAACGUUGCCCCCGUCGGCUCUGGCACCGGUAACGGAACCGGUGGCAGCGGCCGCGGACUUCCCGUCAACGCCGCCACCGCCGCCUCCACCUCCUCCAACAGCAUCACCAGCAGCAUCCAUGCCAGUUCCCGCAGCAGCAGCCCUGCCACAACUGCCCGUAACGCUCACGUCGACGCUGUUGCUGUCGCCGCCUGUAGAAGCAGAAGUCCCGGCUUCGAAGGAGCUGUGUCGCGUAGCACCGAAGGAGGCUUUGGAGCUGGACGUCAAACAGGACGCAGUAUCGCACGGUUUGGAAGAACACGUAGCCGUACACGCGGCCGAGCAGGUGGAAAUCACUCCCCAGAAGGAAGAUUCCCAUAUUGGGAAAGACGAUGAGGUGUCUGACAGCUCAAAGGGUGCUUCUCUGUGCUCUAGGAAACAGGGUUCGAAGAGGAAGUUCUCCCAGUCCGACGGCACGUUGCUGGGCUCCGAGUCUGAUGAAGACUCUGUGAGGACUUCUUCCAGCCAGCGCUCGCAUGAACUGAAGAUAUCCAGUGCGGAAAAAGAGAGGGAUCCCAGGAAAAGCUCUGCGUCGCUCAGGGGAGAAGAACUGGCGAAGUCCUCCUCGCGCUCCAAGUCGGACAGAGACGAAAAGUAUUCUAGCUAUUCUAAGUCAGAGCGAGAUUCGCGGUAUGCGUCCUCCCGAUCGAGGUCAGACAGGGAGAGAAGGCGAAGCCGGUCUCACUCUCGUUCCCGGUCCGAUCGGGGCUCCCGAACCAGCUCUUCGUACUCGAGGUCGGAGCGCUCGCAUUACUACGAAUCCGACCGCAGAUACCACCGGAGCUCCCCUUACAGAGAAAGGACAAGAUACUCCCGUUCGUACGCGGAUUCCAGGGCGAGGGAGAGCUCUGAUUCGGAAGACGAGUACAGGAGGACACAUUCCAGAUCUAGCGACUCGAGGCGCACGUCGUCCCACUCCUCUUCGUACAGAGAUUCAAGGACUUCUUACUCUAAAUCGGACAGGGACAGCAAAAUAGAGUCAUCUCAUGCUGACAUGGAGAGGAGAGGAAAGUCUUCUUCAAAAGCAGACAGAGAUUCAAAACGGACUUCAGAAAGUGAAGUAACCAAAAGGUGCUCUCCCCUUAAUGAGCUCGGGUAUCGAAAGGGGACAUCCCAUUCUAAGCCUGACAGUAAUGUGAAUUCCUCCCGUUAUAAGUCCACCCCUUCAAAGACCCCUGCGCCAAAGCCUGAUAAAUUUAAAAGUUCUUUCUGUUGUACAGAAUCAGUUGAAGAAAUAAAGCAGCAGUCUAAUUCUCUAGAUUUAGAGACCUCUUGUCUAAAAAGCAAUGAGACCCGAGUGUCCAUUGCAAAAAGAUUUGAAAGGGAAAAGACACUUUCUCCAUUAAAUCAGUUAAAUGAUUCACCCCCUUUUAAAAAGACAGAUGAAUCAAAAGCUGGUUUUCCUCAUUCAAGGUCCGAGGAACUUGCAGGAAAUGAAUGCCAUGACAGUGUUACGGAGCAAGAAACUCUAGUAAAGGUAAAGCACGAGCAGUUAAGAACGUGUUUCCCUAUGGAAAUGAAUAUAAAUGGGUCCCCAGAGGGUAGGUCUGAUGACUUGGCAACUCUUAGUGCCUCCAAAACAGAGGAUGUCGCAGCGUCUUCUGACGAUAGCCUGUGUAGGUCGGAAGCGUCACCCGUCGUAAAGACGAGUAAGUUGUAUCCGUUGCCAUCAAAUGGAUUUGAGAGCACGUAUGCCUCUAAAGAGCACGAGCUAGGCGAUUCUCGUGUGCAGUCCAGCGAGUGUAGCAGCCUGUUUAAGGAAGCGGAGGCUCCGGUCCCAGAGCAGCAAUGCGAAGCUAUGCCUUUGCCAGUGGUGAAUGUAGAUCAUUCUAAAACUUUAAUCAAGCAGCUGGAUGAUCAGGCGACUCCAUGUGACAAAACCAAAGAAUCCGUUUUUUGCUACAUUGCCGAUGAUGCUACCCCUUCUUUGUACCAUUCGGAGGUUGAGAUCGAAGUCGAACCAGCAGAUCUGAAAGUUACUUCCGAGGCGUUUCUGGACGUGCACGUCGAGCCACAGACGGUGACGUGCGACUAUGAAAGCACAGAGGAUCAAAAUUCAAAGUCUGCCUGUGAAGACGACCAGUAUCAUGUUAACCAUUCCCAUGAAACGAGCCUAGCCGUGGACAGCUCGAGCAGAGAUUCCUCCCAGGACGGCUAUUCCCCCCGAAUCAGGUUGGACAAUCCCGUGGUCGCGCAGCAUCCCGAGGGAAACGUCCCCUCCAAGUGGGACAGGGCCCCGCCAAACCAAUGCGAGAGGCCGCCGCACCGCUCGGAAGCUGAGGAGGUGCUCGAGGUGGACACUCGGCACGUCGACCUUCCUUCAGCGAAAGCCAAGCCGUCGUUCAGAGACGAGCAUUCGUAUUACUCCGAAGUGCCGCUGGAGCACCGCAGCAGAGAGGUCGCAGUGGAAGAAAGCGCGGUUUCCACCGAGGGAGUUGGGUCGGACGAUCUGAAAGAGCAGGGCCUCGGCACGUCGGUUGAGGACGAAGGGAACGGGGCCUUGGUGGCUUCGGCUUUUCCAGACGCUUUGUUUCCGUCUUGCGACGUUGUCGUCACCGCGGAAGAAACGGAAACCGUGACGCAGGCCCCCACGUGUGACAGCAGCGGCGGCGCCUCCGAGUUCGUUCCCGCUCGCCACGACGAUUAUUCGGACACGGCCGAGAGCGACAGCGAGCCAGGAAGCGAUGACAGCGACACGGAGGAUUCUGAUUCUGACGACGGCGCGCCACGGAAACGGCUCCAGUCUGUUGUGGUUAUCCCAAAGAACUCGACCAUCGCCACAGAGGAGAGCAGCCCGUGCUCGUCGCGGAGCAGCCAAGGCAACCGGCGCUACUCGGACCACUGGGACGACGAGAGGCCGGAGCCCAGCAGGCCUUACUACGAAGAGAGGCCAGAGAAUACAGUGAGUAAGAACGGCCCCCAGGUAGAGAGCAGGUGCUCUCCUAGGGGGAUGGAGAAGAGUCCAGCCUCUUCCACCGAGCUCAGCAGGAAGGAGCCCGAAGAGCUCCGGCCUGACGCUUGCCAGCCGCAGAGCGACGGCGUUGACAGUACGAGUCAGGCCGACCUAGCGGCAGACUCUGAUGGCAAAUCCAACCCGGACGAGAGAAUGAUGGAGCUGGUGUCCGUUGGUAGAUCGGUUGGCCUGCAGGAAGAGCAGCCGUUUUGUCUGCCCGAGAGUUUUGAAAGCGCUGAUGACUCCCGACACCAGGCCAACGCUUCCAAGCCGGACAGCAGGCAGGGGAAGGGUGGGCUUAAUCAGUCUGGGCUCGGAGAGUUCUCCAAGGUGGACGGUUUUCACACAACGGAAGAUUUGGGUGGUUUGGGCUGGGACUUCUCCCAGCCGGAGAAGCCCAGUAGCACCUAUCAGCAGCCAGAUAGCAGCUUCGGGGUCUACUCGGGCUACGUUUACCAGCCGGGUUCGGGAGCGUACAGCGGCUCUCAGAACUACUGGCAAGGCAACGGUUAUUGGGAUGCGAGGUCUGCUAGCAGGCCUUCUGGAAUUAAUUACGAACGAAUUCAAGGACAAGUGCCGGAUUCUCUAACGGAGGAUCACGAGGAGGAUGACCGCUGGGAUGAUGACUGCAAGGCUCGUUUUCCCAGCUCCCCGAGUAAAUUCCAUGCUCCUGAGCAGAAAGAGACAGGUUCUGUGCAAGCCCAUGAGAUCAGCAGCAAUUCCACCAAGGAGCCGGUGUCUGUCGGGGAGAAAAAGGAGGAGGUGAAGGCUUUGGAAAAAAAUGACGUGAAGGAGCGAGGGCCGCCAAAAAAAAGACGCCAGGAGUUGGAGAGCGACUCUGAGAGCGAUGGCGACUCGAGGGAGAGGAAGAAGGUGAAGGCAGAGGGGGAGCAGGGGGAGGCGGCGCCGCAGGAUUCCUCCAUGGUCGGUCGCUUGUGCAUCAUGGACGACUUCCGAGACCCGCAGCGCUGGAAGGAGUUUGCCAAGCAAGGCAAAAUGCCCUGUUACUUUGACCUGAUUGAAGAAAAUGUGUACCUGACGGAAAGGAAGAAGAACAAAUCCCACCGGGAUAUUAAGCGGAUGCUGUGUGAAUGCCCUCCUCUCUCCAAGGAGGAACGAGCUCAGGGGGAGGUUGCUUGUGGAGAAGACUGUCUCAAUCGCCUGCUCAUGAUCGAGUGUUCUUCCAGGUGCCCGAAUGGCGACUACUGUUCCAACAGGCGCUUCCAGAAGAAACAGCAUGCAGAUGUGGAAGUGAUCCUCACUGAGAAGAAAGGCUGGGGGCUCAGAGCUGCCAAAGAUCUCCCAUCGAACACCUUUGUGCUGGAGUACUGCGGGGAAGUGCUGGACCACAAAGAAUUCAAGGCGCGUGUGAAGGAGUAUGCCCGCAACAAGAACAUUCACUAUUACUUCAUGGCCCUGAAAAACGACGAGAUAAUAGAUGCUACCCAGAAAGGAAACUGCUCCCGUUUUAUGAACCACAGCUGUGAACCGAACUGUGAGACACAAAAGUGGACCGUGAAUGGGCAGCUCAGAGUUGGAUUUUUCACCACCAAGCUCGUCCCGUCGGGUUCUGAGCUGACGUUUGACUACCAGUUCCAGAGAUACGGCAAAGAAGCUCAGAAAUGCUUCUGCGGCUCGGCCAACUGCCGGGGUUACCUGGGGGGAGAGAACAGGGUCAGCAUCCGAGCCGCCGGAGGGAAGAUGAAAAAGGAACGCUCCCGGAAGAAGGAUUCGGUGGACGGGGAGCUGGAGGCCCUGCUGGAAAACGGAGAGGGCCUCUCGGAUAAGAACCAAGUUCUCAGCUUGUCCCGGCUGAUGGUGCGCAUCGAAACGCUGGAGCAGAAGCUCACCUGCCUCAAGCUCAUACAGAACACGCACUCGCAGUCGUGCCUCAAGUCCUUCCUGGAGUGCCAUGGCCUGUCUCUGCUCUGGAUUUGGAUGACGGAGCUGGGCGACGGGCGGGGGAGCACCGCCAACAACCUGAAGCUGCAGCUGGAGAUUAUGAAGACGCUGGAGCUGCUGCCCAUACCCACCAAGAACAUGCUGGAGGAGAGCAAGGUGCUCCCGAUCAUUCAGCGCUGGGCUCAGACCAAGACCGCCGUCCCGCAGCUCAGCGAGGGCGAUGGCUACUCCAGCGAGAACACGUCGCGGGCUCACACGCCGCUCAACACGCCGGAUCUUUCCACCAAGCAGAGCGCAGAAGGUGACACGGAUACCCCCAAGAAGCUGGUGUUUCGAAGGCUCAAAAUUAUAAGUGAAAACAGCAUGGACAGCGCCAUCUCGGAUACAACCAGCGAGCUGGAAGGGAAGGAAGGGAAGGAGGACCUGGACCAGCUGGAGGGUGCCCCGACGGAAGCGUCGGAGGAGCAGCAGCAACAGCAGGAGAUCAAAUCCGCUGCUGACGUGCCGGUGGAGAGCAGCAAACCCCAGGUGGUGGAGCUGGAGGCUGAGCCUGAAGUGGAGGUCAAGGAGAGCAACGGCACGAAGCUGGAAGAGCCCAUCACGAUGGAGACGCCGUCUCAAGACGAAGAGGAGGGCGUAUCCGACGUGGAGAGCGAGAGAAGCCAAGAGCAAACCGACAAAAUCGUCGACGUGAGCGACUUGGCCACCAGGCUGCUCGACAGCUGGAAAGACCUGAAGGAGGUGUACCGAAUCCCGAAGAAGAGUCAAGCAGAAAGGGAGAGCAGCGCCGACCGUGGGAGAGAGGCGUCAGGCCACAGGGAUCAGACUCCCACCCCGAAGAACCCCGUCCUGAGCCGGGAGCGGGAUCCCGAGCGGCAGAGCCAGAGCAAGGAGAAGAAGAGGCGCAGGGACUCGCUGUCGCCGCCCUCCUCGGCGUACGAGCGCGGCACCAAGAGGCCGGAGGACAGGUAUGACACGCCAGCGUCUUCGAAGAAGAAAGCCCGGCUCAAGGAUCGCAACAAGCUGUCCACGGAGGAACGCAGGAAGCUGUUCGAGCAGGAGGUGGCCCAGCGGGAGGCCCAGAAGCAGCAGCAGCAGCUGCAGAACCUGGGCAUGACUUCCCCCCUUCCCUACGACUCCAUGGGCUACGGCACGCCCCACCACAGCUUCAUCGGCUACCCGCCCGGCUACCCCAUGCAGGCUUACGUCGACCCCAGCAACCCCAACGCCGGCAAGGUGCUGCUGCCCACCCCCACCAUGGACUCCAUGUGCUCGCCGGCGGCUUACGAGCACCCGCAGCCCUUGGUCGGGCACUCGGUGGAAGCCACCAUGCCGGCUCCCCAGCCGGUCCCAGUAGUCCAACAUGUAGCAACGCCGCUGGAGGUCACGCCGCCGCAGUACGUCGCGCAGAGCGACGGCGUGGUCCACCAGGAAGCCAACGUGGCCGUCCUGCCCGCCGUGCCCGCCGCCGCGGGAGCGGUGCAGGGCCAGAGCUACGGGGUGUGGGACUCGAGCCAGCAGGCGGUGGCGGUGCCGCAGCAGUACUCGCCAGCCCAGUCCCAGCCGCCAGCCAUCUAUUACCAGGGACAGACCUGUCAGACUGUUUACGGGGUGACGUCCCCGUACUCGCAGACGACCCCGCCGAUUGUACAGAGUUACGCGCAGCCGGGCCUCCAGUACAUCCAGGGGCAGCAGAUCUACGCGGCUCACCCGCAGGGCGUCAUCGUGCAGCCCCCGACCGCCGUCACCACCAUCGUAGCGGCCGGGCAGCCUCAGCCCAUCCAGCAGCCAGAGCUGGUGGUGAGCAAUAACCUCCUGGACUUGCCUCCGCCGUCCCCUCCGAAACCCAAAACCAUCGUCCUGCCGCCCAACUGGAAAACAGCCCGGGAUCCCGAGGGGAAGAUCUACUACUACCACGUCGUGACGAGGCAAACCCAGUGGGACCCCCCGACGUGGGACAGCCCCGGGGAUGACGCCAGCCUUGAACACGAAGCCGAAAUGGACCUGGGGACGCCGACCUACGACGAAAACCCGAUGAAGUCUUCCAAGAAGCCCAAGACAGCCGAAGCGGACACGUCGAGCGAGCUGGCUAAGAAGAGCAAGGAAGUCUUCAGGAAAGAAAUGUCCCAGUUCAUCGUGCAGUGCCUGAACCCCUACCGCAAGCCCGACUGCAAGGUCGGCCGGAUAACCACGACGGAGGACUUCAAGCACCUGGCACGCAAGCUGACGCACGGCGUCAUGAACAAGGAGCUGAAGUACUGCAAGAACCCGGAGGACCUGGAGUGCAACGAGAAUGUGAAACACAAAACGAAGGAGUACAUUAAGAAAUACAUGCAGAAAUUCGGGGCCAUUUACAAACCCAAAGAGGACACGGACUUGGAGUAAACCACCACCGACCCCCCCUCCGGAGCCGGGUGGCCGCGGGGACCGCCGGCUUCCUCCCCCCCCCCCCCGACCCCCGUUUCGACACCGACCUGUGAAUUUCUGCAGAAUCAGGACUGUCCCCACGGCCCCCCGAGGAAGAGCGGGGUGGGAGCGCUCUUCCCAACCCGCCCCCCGCCUCCUCUCCCCCAAGGCUGACCCGGGGCGCCCACCCCGGCGGUGCUGUUCGGCGCGUUCCCCGCGCGCGCAUCUUGUGUCACCAAGACCUGUAUUAUAUUUUAACGUAUCUGUGAAUAUAUUGAUAAUUUUGUUUUUAUUUUUGUUUUUUUUUUUUUGCUUUUAGCCCAACACGUGCUGAUAUCACGGGAACACUUUGUAAGGAUAGUUUCGGGUUUUUUUUUUUGUUUGUUCGUUCGUUCGUUCGUUCGUUUCCUCGUUUUGUUCUGCAAGGUUUAAUCUGUUUUCAUGUAAAUAUUCAGGAACAGGCCGCCCCUGGAUUUCUGGCGGGCCUCGUGCUAUGUUGAUAAGAUUGAUUUUACUGCUUAAAUCGUUUUACUUUAUUCAAUUUUUACUGAACUUUUUAUGUAAAAAAAAUUAAAAAAAAAAAAUAAAAUGAAAUGAAAUCAA